GGAGGGAAGACUUGAGAUAGGUAAAAUUUAAUAAGAAGCUAUAAAUAUGAAGGAUUCGAUUGGUUUUGAUGAAAAUGUACCGGAUGAGGUACUUGAUGAGUGAGUAUCUUGAUCAAGUAGCAAGAACUCAUUGUAUUGUAAUAGUUUUGUGUCAAUGUCACCUUUUCAGAAAGAAAGAAGGCGUAAAAGUUUUGCUGAAGCUGAAGCUUUUUCUUUUGGCUUAAAGCCUAAAAUUCAUCCUAAUAGAGGCCAAAUGAAGCAGGUAAAGAAUGAAGAACCUAUCUCAAGCAAGAGUUACGGUAUACAAAGAUUACCUGAGAGAAGUAGUUUGCAGGAUGAAAUCAAAGAUUUGCUUCACAAAGCGAUGCACAUCAGAAACAAGUUUUACUACGAAUCAGACAGAGAAAUAUCCCCAAAAGCUAUUGAUCAUGAAUGGGCUAGGUUCCAUUCUUUCGAUAGCCAUUCUUCUCUUCCUAACAACAAGGAUUCAAAUGGUAGGGCGGUAACGAUGAAUGAUGUGGAGAGUUCCUAAUCCUUACCAGAUGUAAUAUCUAUAAAUAAUUAAUGCAUAACUAAUUUA